AUGACGUCUCUUAAUCAGUCCGGGGAUACCAACUUUACAGUUUUCAUACGCCUCCCUUUUCCUCGGGGCGAUUUUGUGGAUCCUCCACCUGCAAGUUGGAACGCAGCGAAGGACCAGGCGCUCUGGGACCUACUAUCGCGGCCCUCUAAAGGUGAUGAUAUAGACUGUAGAGCGGAGCGAUUCGAUGUAACUCUCCAAUUCCUCCUUCAACAAGCAGCAUGGCUGUAUGAUCGGCAAUUAUCACAGGUCCGCUGGCAGAUGCGCAAGGUGGGCACCACUCAGUCGAGUUCUCCGUCCCCUGCGCCUGGCUCUGUAUCCGGAAGCACGGCGCUCGGCGGCCAAUCAGCCAAGGGUGGCCCUGGUGCAGGUAAGCAGGUCUUCCGACGCUGCGUGUGUCAUCGGCUCAUAUUCGUUAGCCCCACGAGUUCAAAGUCGUCUAUCCUCACAUCAAAAAGAUACUCUCCCUCAACGAGGUCCGCCACCACGUCGCACGAGCUCGGCAACUACAGUCAACCAAAUCAAACCUUCGAGGGAAUCACCCCGCACUGA